UUGGCAUUGUUCCACCACCUGCAGUUUGCAUCUGGGCGCUUUCUGACUCCAAGGACCGCAUGCGGGGUCGAGGAUCUCCAAAUGCCUUCCUUCUGGAGAAAUGUAUGACAAUUUUUCGUGUUUUUAUCGAAUUCAUUUGCUGAAAUGAAUCGGAAUUUCAAGCUUAUUUGUCACGGACAAUAUUUUUGUAUCUAUCCAGCUGCUUUCGAUUCUCAGGAAGAACGGUGUAGGCACCAGAUAUGAUAUUUGUCUAUACCUAAUGUUCUUGCUCACAGAUGCCGGAUUUUCUACCCCGCUCUUUGGUUCGGAAGUGGAUGUGGUUACCUCCGACAAUGUGGUAUUGAAAUGUUAUUUGAUACGAGCUGCUCAUAGUCCGUCGCCUAGAGCCACUGUUAUAUUGUUUCACGGAAACGGGUAUCAUGUUUGGCAUCACUUGCACUGUUCCCAGCAAUUCCAUAGGCUGAAAUGUAACGUUCUGAUGGUGUCGUAUCGAGGAUACGGAAGUUCUAAAGGUGUACCCACGGAGCGAGGUCUACGCCGAGACGCACAAGCCGCUCUAGACUUCGUUCUGGCUGAUUCCCAGUUAUCUUCGGUGCCAAUAGUUCUCCAUGGUCACUCCUUAGGCGGUGCUGUAGCUGUUGAUCUUGUCAGUCGAAACCCGACGAAGGUGCAAGCGCUCAUCAUAGAAAAUACCUUUCUUUCUAUACCGACUGUUGCUCGUGAUAUUCCUUUCAUUCGAUACUUUACCUUCUUCGUGCACCAGAAAUGGGAUUCGGCAUCCAAGAUAUCCUCCAUCCCUAGAACGACUCCGAUACUAAUGCUCAGUGGUGAUCGAGAUGAAGUUGUUCCCCAGAAGCACAUGCGCGAACUAUGGGCCCUCGCCCAUCGACGUUCAAGCUCAGGGGUUAAGGAUGACACUCCACUGGAGGAUGUAUUCCAAACCUUUCCUGAGGGCCAACAUGCGGAUACAAGCAUCCAAUCAGGUUACUGGUUUGCCGUUGGCAAUUUCCUUCGAACUCUGGACAAGCUCCGAGACAGUGGCAUGAUAACGAGUUGA